GGCAUCUCGAACGUUUCUCGUAUAUUGUCAUCAGAAACUUGGCAUAAAAUGGCUACAAGAAUUGUUAUAAAAGAUAUCUUAAUCCUGAUACCACAAAUGUGUUACAUUCCAGUCAUCAUCUUGUACACAAAUUUUAUUUUUGGUUAUACCUGUUGGUAUACUUUUUUCGGUGUCAUCGCACUGAUUAGCUUGUACACGAAUAACGUAUACGUGCUAAAUGCCUGUUUUAAAUACAUAAACGAUUCUUUAGUGCAAGUGAAGGAAAUUCUAGUCAAUGAUGAGCCUCAUCUACUCAGAAGAGUCUAUCAUAUGCAGAAGAAUCCUAUAUUGUUGACGAAGUUGAGAACUCUUAAAAAGCAACAUCUAGAGAUGAGCGAAGUCGUUGAGCUACUGAAUAACACGUGUAGCAUGCAAAUCGAAGCCAUGUUAACAAUAAUGUUCAUCGACAUUACAUUCAAUAUGUACAAUUAUUUAUCCAUGCACAAAGAAGUGGGCGAGCUGAAAUCGCUGGCUCUUAUUCUGGGCUACGCGAUUUAUUACACCGUACACGUAAUUAUAACAGUUUCGAUAGUUGAAACUACCAGAAGCCAAAUGACGAAAAUUGGCUCCAGCGUUCAUCGAAUUCUUGCACAUACUUUCGACGAGCAGGUGACGACGGAGGUAAGAUGAGACGAUUAUUUUACUAUCGAUGAUUUAUGUUGGAAAUAUAGAAGAAAUAUAUUGAAAUUGUAAUCAAUGUACGUGAUUCUAGUUGGAGUUGUUCUCGUUGCAAGUGCUACAAAAGGGUAACGUGUUCGUGAUGAAGGCACUCAUAAUAGACGCAACCCUUUUGACAAAGGUAGUAGGAAAUUGGAUCAAAAGAGAUGAAAUGUUUUUAUCGACACUUGUUACAGAUGGCGUGCGGCAUUACUACAUUUUUGUUAAUAUUAGUGCAGUUC